CCGCGCCGUCGGGGGCGGGCCCGGGUGGGGCCGCCGCCGAGCGGAGCGCCGCCGGCCUGGGCGAGUAGUCCCGGGACGCGGGAUGCUCCGCACGCUACCUCGCCGCCCCUGAGGCCUCCCGCCUGCCCGCCUUGUCACCCCCCCGCCUCGCUCACCCCGGCUCCGGCCCCGGCGCCCGCCAGACCCGAGAGGUGUUUAUGAAAAAAAAUUUCACAGUUUGGAUGUGAGAAAGGACAUGAGGAGACCAAAGACCUGGGAUUUUGCUAAUCAGAAUGAAACAAAUGUUGAAAGACUUUUCAAAUCUAUUGUUGGUGGUACUCUGUGACUAUGUUCUUGGAGAAGCUGAGCAUCUCCUUUUGGAAAAGCCAGGCCAUGUAGCUCUAAGCAACAACACGGUGUCUGUGGAUUUCUGGCGUUUCGGUGGUGCCAACGGGACACUGCGCAAUGUGUCUGUCCUGUUGCUGGAGGCCAGCACCAAUCAGACGGUGACCACCAAAUACCUCCUGACCAACCAGUCCCAGGGAACACUGGAGUUUGAAUGCUUCUACUUCAAGGAGGCUGGAGACUACUGGUUCACGAUGGCUCUGGAGGCGGCCCACAAUGGCACUCAAGUCAGCCACUGGGAGCAAAGAGCCUUUCUCAAGGUCGAAUGGCCUGUCUUUCACAUUGACUUGAAUAGGACGUCCAAGGUGGCGGAAGGCACCUUCCAGGUGGGCCUUUUCACCCAUCAGCCACUGUGCUCCUUCCCUGAGGACCAGCCUGACAUCUUGGUGGACGUCAUCUUUACCAACAGUCUGCCCGAGGCAAGAACAAGUCCAGGUCAGCCGCUGGAGAUCAGAACCAGCAAGAGGACAGAACUCUCUCAAGGUCAGUGGCUUCAGUUUGGCUGUGCGCCCGUGGGGCCAGAAGCCUACGUCACGGUGGUGCUGAAGCUGUUUGGCCGAGACUCGGUCAUUACUUCCACAGGACCCAUUGACCUGGCCCAGAAAUUUGGAUACAAACUGGUGAUGGCACCAGAUCUCACGUGUGAGUCCGGGGUGGAGGUGACAGUCUUGCCCCCACCGUGCAUCUUCGUCCAAGGAGUGAUCACGGUCUUCAAGGAGGCCCCCAGACGCCCUGGGGAAAGGACCAUUCAGCUAGCUGAAAACAGCCUGACCUUGGGAGAGAGGAGAACCGUAUUCAACUGCACUUUGUUUGACAUGGGGAGGAAUAAAUACUGCUUUGACUUUGGCGUUCCAAGCAGAAGCCAUUUUUCCACAAAGGAGAGGGAGUGCAUGCUAAUUCAGAGAAACAUAGAAACUUGGGGACUCUGGCAGCCAUGGAGCCAAUGUAGUACCACGUGUGGGGAUGGUGUCAGAGAGCGACGCCGCGUGUGCCUGACCUCCUUCCCCUCCAGACCUGGCUGCCCUGGAAUGUCCUCGGAGACCUCCCUGUGUUCCCUGGAGGAGUGUGCUGCUCUCCAGCCAUCCAGCGUGUCUCCUCUUCAGCCCCAGGGCCCCGGGAAGUCCAACAACGUCGUGACGGUCACGGGCAUUUCCCUGUGCUUGUUCAUCAUUGUCGCCACGGUGCUCAUCACGCUGUGGCGGAAGUUCGGCCGCGCCCCCAAAUGCAGCACCCCGGCUCGCCACAGCUCCAUCCACUCCCCCAGCUUCCGGAAGAACUCGGACGAGGAGAACAUCUGCGAGCUGAGCGAGCAGCGCGGGAGCUUCUCGGACGGGGGCGACGGGCCGGCGGGGGGCCCGGGGGACGCGGGCAUCCCCCUGACCUACAGGCGCGGCGGGCCGCUGUCCGCGGAGGACGACGCCUCGGGCAGUGAGAGCGUGCAGUCCAACGCGCAGAAGAUCAUCCCGCCGCUGUUCAGCUACCGCCUCGCCCAGCAGCAGCUCAAGGAGAUGAAGAAGAAGGGCCUGACGGAAACCACCAAGGUGUACCACGUGUCUCAGAGUCCCCUGACCGACACGGCCAUCGACGCGGCCACCGGCCCCCCUUUGGACCUGGAGGGCCCCGAGGAGGCCGCGGCCAACAAGUUCCGGCUCAAAUCCCCGUUUGUGGAGCAGCAGGCGGCGGCCAGGCCUCCCUCCAGGCUGGACCUCCCGGUCUGUGCCGCCAGCUGCGCGGUCAGCCCCAGCCAGACCGUGAUCCGCAAGUCGGCCCUGAGGCACGCGGGCGGCAGAGGGGCGCUGCCCGAGAGGAGCCACCCCAGGGGCUCCCACUUCAGGAGGACCGCGAGCUUCCACGAAGCCAGGCAGGCCCGGCCGUUCCGGGAGCGGAGCAUGUCCACCCUGACCCCCCGGCAGGCCCCGGCCUACGGUUCCAGGACGCGGACCUGGGACCAGGCGGAGGAGCGAUCUCGGCCUCAGAGUCGAGGAGCUGCCCCGUCCCCUGAGAAACCGGACCAUUUCCACGGGGCAGGUGCAACCAGAAGUCCAUUAAGUCCUCCCCCUAAAUCCUACAGCCUGGGGCAGCCCGCGAGGAAACCAGACCUGGGGGAUUGCCAGGCAGGAUUGACGGCCAGCGGUGAGAGAACGGAGCCGCACAGAGCCCGGAGGGGCCCGUCCCCCAGUCACAGGAGUGUCUCGAGGAAGCAGCCUUGCCCCACGGCCCCCAAAGAGAGCAACCAGAGGGUGAGCCCUCUGAGCCCUUCUCAGUGUAGGAAAGACAAGUGUCAGAGCUUCCCAGCCCAGCCUGAGUUUGCCUUCUAUGACAAUACGUCAUUCGGCCUUACCGAGGCAGAGCAGAGGAUGCUGGACCUCCCGGGCUAUUUUGGGUCAAAUGAAGAGGAUGAAACCACAAGUACACUCAGCGUGGAGAAGCUGGUCAUCUAGACCCAGAUCAGCCUGAGACUUCACACAACUGGGGUCCUUUGCCUGGCUCCUGGUAUCAGUGGCUCACAGUGUUCUAUGGACUAUAUUAUGUAGCUAUUUGUACAUGGGGGGGGGGGGGUACUCAAGUGUGCAUAUGUGUUUUAAUUCAUAAAGAAGUUACUUAGCCUGAACUUUUCCCUUUGUUAUCCCAGUUCCCUUGGUUUAUUACUAAUAAGUACAAUAGUAAAAUUUAAAGAAGAGUGAAAUAGGGCUCGGUCUCUCAUGUGGGUAUGAAAGAGGGCAAAGGUGACUUUAAGCAUGAAGUGCUUUGAACACUUUCUUGGCAGUGUCCAACAUGAAGUAAAUUUGGGAGUCUCCACAACAGUAAGGGCUGGAACAAAGUUAACUUGCCAACAGAGCUCUGGAUUAUAAUUUACUAAGUCAUAAAUACUUAAGAAUUUAACUCCUACAUGGGCAGUACUGAAUGGCUUUCAUGUUUAGCUGAAAGGCUGAUUAUAUUCCUGGAGAACUUUUAUGCCAGAGUUGGGUGAUACCUUCUAAUUUUUUUAUGCAACAAAGAGUUCUGAUGCCUUGACACAAAAUUAUGUGAGUUAAUUCAGUUUUGGAGAAAUAAUAAGAAGCUGAUUGUUCAGGUAGUGAGUCAUCUGAAGACCUAGCCAUAUACUCAGAAUUGUUUGGUGCAAAAAGUGUACAUUUUAGAAAGGAAAGUAUUAUCUCCUGAGAGAAUCAAAUAGAACACGGACAGUGGAUGCUGGCAAAGACACUGCCUGGUAUUAGGAUGCUGACUAUGCAUUCCUGGAUCAGACUGGCAGCCAAGACCCUAGAGGGUGUCAUAUUGAAACCAGUGUGUUUAUGUUUCUAAAGAUGACUUUAUCAUGUUACUCAGACAGUAUGGAAAGCAGGUAGACCAGAUUGUGAUUUUAGAGCUAAGUUUUUAAAUUGGAAGAAUGAAAUAAAGAAGGAACAGAGAAAAUAAUUCCUUUAGAAACAAAUCUUUUGCUUUCCUUUGUGCCUACCACAUUUUCCAGGUGAAGAAUUUAACACUCAGGGAGGGGAAUUAACUCCUGCAGGAUAUCUGGAUGAACAUGGACUCACAUUUUUAUUCUCAUGACCUCUUCCUCUGUACAAUGCCAUCGCAGCCUUUACAAGUCUUCUCUAACAGCAGGGGCUUCAGGAGAAAGCUGGCCCUUUUAGCAAGAAGUCACAGAAGGAUGCCUUUACUGGAUUUUCCUGAAGGAAGGAAGCUUUCUGCUGCUGGAUGUUAGGACUGGUCUUGCAACUUGCUUUAUUUGGAAGUGAGGGCUAAACAAGGACCUAAAGCCUGGGCUCUUUCCUUGCAGUCUGGUGUCAGGUACCCUGUGAGCACUCUUCAGUCUGGUAUACUUCCUUUCAGCUCUUGAACCUAAUGCCUUAUCUGCCUGUGCUGGGUAGCUGCCCUUUCCUUCUUUGUUCACCAUGACCUCUCUAGCUGCCACACCCACCUUGCCUUUUACAUUGUUUUUCUUCUUCCUUUUAGAGUUUAUCAGGAUGUGAGCCUGCUAGUGAGGUUUCAGGGACCACUGGAGAGAGUGGAAUUAAGCGGGACAAAAAAGAAUCAUAAAUGCAAAUACUAUACCUAUUAAAGUUUCUCUUACAUUGUUGUAUUACCACUUCAUUUGUGCCAUUGUUCAAAAUUAAAACAUACUUCCUUUGGGAAA